CCAAACAACGCCCGAAGCGACCAUCGUAAACCUUCUAAACGACAGAAAUGUUUAGAAAGAUGUAACGAGAUAUAAAUAAAGGAAGAAAAUACUUGAUUUAAAUAUAAAUAAAUAGAAAAUUAAAUAAAACUACUGUUGAAAGAAAAAUUAUGAAAAAGAGGCGAGGAUGUUGCGCCUUACUCCAUCUCCGAGAAGAUAACGCCCGUUUCAUUCUCUUAUUUAUUCUCAUGAUUUUCUAUACGCUCUGUGGAGCAGGAUUGUUUAUGUUACUCGAACGCGAUAACGAGAUUAAAGAAGGGAAUAAAUAUUAUCGAAGGUAUGAAAAGUUUCUAGAGGAUAAUCAUGAAGUUAAUAAGACGGAGUUGGAUAUUUUACUUCGGUUGCACGCUGAAGCGGAUAGGACCGGGGUUUUGAAUGAUAAGCGGCCUAGAUGGGAUUUUGCGGGUGCUUUCUAUUUUGUCGGAACAGUUGUUUCAACAAUAGGCUUUGGCAUGACGACCCCUAGAACGACACCUGGGAAAGUUCUCCUCAUUUUUUACGGAAUUAUUGGCUGCUCAGGAGCUAUUUUAUUCUUUAAUCUGUUCCUUGAACGAAUUAUCACAUUUUUAGCUUAUAUCCUCCGAGCCAUCCAUGAUAUGGAAUUACGAAGAAAGGGUCUUUGGUCUGAAAGACGAAGAGGUUCUCAAGUUUCCGACGAUGAUUCGCUAGAUUCUUGGAAACCGUCUGUGUAUUGGGUUCAACUGAUUUUGUUACUAUCUGCCUGUACAGUAGCUUGUUGUGCUUCGGCCAUGUAUUAUCCCGUUGAAGAAUGGAGCUACUUUGAAUCAAUUUACUUUUGUUUUGUCGCUUUUGCUACAAUUGGUUUCGGCGACUAUGUCGUCUCGCAAAAAGCAACUUAUCAGCGCGUCCAUUUGUACAGAUUUGGUAAUUUCGUAUUUCUAGUAAUUGGAUGUUGCUGUGUUUAUUCUCUAGUCAACGUGACGUCAAUAGUGAUAAAGCAAGUGCUCAACUGGAUUAUCAAAAGGCUCGACUGUGCCGAUUGUACGUGCUGGUUAAAGCGGCAGAAUAAAGCCAGGGGUAGGAGGAACGCCAUAACGCCAGGCGCCGCUAAAAACAGGCAUAGAGACUUGGAAGUAGAUUCAAAUUAUGAUUCCGAGCUUGGAUCCAGAAGGGGAAGCAAUGAAAUGAUAUCAAUGAAAGAUUUCUUGCAAGCCAACAAAAUAUCAUUAGCCAUGAUGCAGAAGCAGUUAGCAGAAACUGCAAAUCGACACCAUCACAGGGAAUCCAACGGUUUACAGGGAGGUGUUGGUCCACUGGCUAUUCUCAAUAAGAAACUAGGUCAAGAGGACGCUUAGAAUAAGUUCUCUACGCCAAAUCGUAUCAAUUACACAAACGUUUUACGCCGGAUAUCGUUAAUUGAGAGUCAACAAAACUUUUCAAUGUACUUGUUAGCCAACAGUUGGCUAUUCCACGAAAAACAAUACUCUUCUUAAGUAGAUUUCUUAAUGUUAGAAAAAAACAACAACUUUAUUAAUUUAUUUCUCAUUUUACUACGCAGUCGCUUUCUUCUUGGAAACGCUAAACGAUUAACGGGACGCUACUGAUAGAGAGAUCUAGAAUGAGUGAGAGACGGCGUUGCUCUAAUUUAUCCUCUCUAUCAACUGUAAAUGUGAAAAUGGCUCCAAUUCUUCGCGGGAAAUUGAACCCAAUAAAUGAGGUCAUAUUGAUAUCUGUUAGCUUGACAUUCAAGCAAAACAGCAGAGGUGGAAAACACUGUAAACACAAACAUCUCAACCUGUUAGUCAAACUCUCGAUAAUAUAUAACAUUUAAUCGGAUAAAUACACCUCCCGCAAAGCUCGUCAGAAAGAGAAGGGGAGAAGAGAAAGAAACAUAAAAAAUGGUUAAACGAUGGAAUAAAAAGACGAAAUAAGACAAAGGCCUAAAAUUGGGAAUUUUCCAUUCUCUUUUGUUUGUAAAUAGAAGAAUAUUGAUAAAAAAGUGCCCAAGAAUGAAAUAGAUGGAAAAUUUAAGAUCAAUUGAUCUAUUCAUUUUAACUAUCUUUGUCCUCUUUUAAUAGCGAAAUCAAGUAGUUUUAGAAGUGGAGCGGAAAUAAUUUCUAAUCGGUUAUCAAUUAAACGUUGGUGUUUUCAUUGUCAGCUCGAUUGAAUCAUAAUCAUUAUAAUAAUCUAAAGUACUUAACAAAUUAUCUUAAACAUUCUGC